CCAUUUUUUUAAUAAAAAAAACCUGGAAAACUCAGAGAAUUUUGGAGUAGACACCCUGUUACAGUAAUUUACAUCUCUAGCGAGGCGUGGAAAAAAUCCUGCGGGAAUUUCAGAAAAAAUCCAUGGAGAUACCAGUAGGAGAUUCUGAAGAAAUUUCAAGAAAUAUUUUUGGAGGUACCAUAGUAGGAAAACCUGGGAAAAAUCUCAGGAACAUUUCUGAAGAGAUUCUUAUUAAAAUUCCCGGAAGAAGUUCCUCCACGAAUUCCUGAAGGAAUAGGAAAUCCUCCCUAUUCUGGGAGGAAUCCAUGAAAAAAGUAAUGGUCGAAUCUGUAAAAAAAACUCUGCGAGAAAUCUCUUAAAACAUCCCUGCGUAAUCUGGGUAAAAUUCUCCACUGGACCACUGGGUGUUACGUGUGUUGUCGGUUUGUUAGAGAUUGUUCAUUCAGUGCAACCUCUGGUGAAAGACGGUAUAAUGCCUUUUGUCUUUGUAUUCUAUCGCAUAAACUUCACCAUAAAUUCCUGUAGCAAUCCCAACAAGGAACCGUUCAUAACCCACGAAGACCAAAUUUUAGUCAGCUUUGAGCUCAACGCGCCCCCCCUCCCUUCUCUUCACUCGUAGACUUUCGUAAAUACAAAAAAUUGAAAAGUUUUAGGGAACCAAGUUUUGACCAUACCCAAACCCAGAAGUAUUCUUGGAGGAAUUCCUGAUGGCAUCUCUGGAAAGAAAAAGCAAAUUUAGCAUUUUCUCAUGUAUUGGGACGAGAUUCAGCGUCACAUGUUUUAAAAUGUCUGACUUAUAGUCACAUCAACAGGGAACGUUUUAUGUUGGUACUGUUACGAAUUAGAUGGAGAUGAAGAAAUUGGUCCUAAGACUAUAAGUUUUUUACAAGCAUCGGAUCAAUUUGCGCUUUUCGAUAAAGAUUUUCUGCAUAUUCUGGUAUAGUCCAGUUUAACCCUCGAGUGAUCACGCUGUUGUAUUUUGUACAACACAUUGAAAAAAUCCUGCUCGUUGUGUUCAGCAUUAGCAUGGUGCUGGAGGUGGUGGUCAACUGCGCGAGUUACGGAAGGUUAAAUCUUCAGCUCGCAUAAUUCAUAAUAUUAAGUAGCACUGGUUUUAACGAACCUCAAUUUUACACACCUUUAGUGAACCGCCAACAUCAGACAAUUGGGAACCGCUGUACUAGUGCAAACCUUCAACUACAACACCUACACCUAGCAGAUGACUAUUGCAUCGUCGUUGUCGUAAAACUGUGCUGUGCUGAGCGGAUCUAGCUACAUAUAUACCUACCGCAGCAUCCCCCUACUAUCAUCGGUCAGCGCGUUUCCAUCGGACGACUCUCAAUAUGGAUCGAGCAGUGGAAGCAUCAGGAUUGAUGUGUAAAAUCCUGAGCCGCCUCCGCUACUAGGCCGAGUGCGCCCUUCUCGAAGAAAGCAGCAUGGAUGUACCACUCUCCGAGCCGGAUGAUGGAACAGCAGCGAACGACAACGAACAAUUUCUCAGAGCAUCGUCGCCAACUUUUCUACUGCCGGUUACUACCGCAACCAUCCAAUCUGCCGGCAGAAACAACCCCCUGUCAACGUCGCCGGGGUCUAUCGCCGCGCCGCCAACGAAAGCGAAAGCGGACUUCAUCUGUGACCUAGAUUUGCACAGUUCGAAAGAUCGCCACUAUCACCAUCAUCACCAUCAUCUGCUGGUGAAUCACCAUUACCACCAUCUGCAGCUCUGCGAAACUGGCUCUGCCAAAAACACCGUCAACAGCAGCAUUAGUAAAUCUCCCACCGUCGCCAAAGCCAGUUCCGUCGAGAUGCGGGACCGCUUCUGCUUCUACCGGCUGCAACGGUUCGUUUCGCGAAACCCAGUGCUCAACUACCUGCUGCCGCUGUGUGCGAUAGCGGUGCUAGUGUUUGUGAUCUAUGCCUUCCGGGACUAUGCCAAAACCCUGCUGUACUGGAUCGAGACGCAAAACUCGUGGAUCAUCUUCUGCAUCUUCCUGUGUUUGUUCACGAUCGUUAGCUUUCCGGUGACGGUGGGCUACCUGGUGCUGAUCAUCAGCAGCGGUUACCUGUUCGGGUUCGUCAAGGGCCUGCUGACGACGAUCAUCGGCGCCAAUCUGGGGGUGGCCAUUGCGCACAACACCAUCAAGGGGAUGCAGUCGAAGCUGCCGUUGCAUAA